AUGAGGAGGUUGGAUGCUCUGAGAUUAGUGGAUGUCAUAUGGACACCAUACAGAUAUCAUAUGAUCCACCGUGAGUUUGACGAGUCUUAUUUAUAUUCAAGUCAUAUGAGGUGGGAGACCUUAGUGGCUAGACACUUGCCUGAGAGGUGUCUACAACACUAUGAGUAUAUCAAGGGAAUCCCACGAUCAGUUCCGAAUGUUCCAGCUAGGGGCAUUGACAUGUGGUUUCAGACUAACAUCAUCAGCUCUGCCCGUGCCAUUAGAGAUAAAGCAGCGAGGGUUCAGUAUGACUCGCAACGUGAGGAUGGUUACCUGGAGUGGCACCUCACUGUAUCACACCUUCGCAUAUUUCCACCUGUUGAUUGUACGAAUGAUGUCUGGCCUUUUUAUAUUGGAGUGCCUUAUGAUGCUGGGGUACCGGUUGAUGACGUGCCUCCAUUGCCACUUCUACCAGACACAGAUGACUAG